AUGACCAGUCCCGAUCGCUCCGAACUCACCACCAGCGGCGUGGCAGAGGACAUAUGGACCUUCGUCGGCCUCCCCUCGUCCGCGCUCACGUCGCUGCAUCUUCCGUCAGCCGACACCAUCGUCCUCCCAUCAUCCUAUAAAAUCGGCGUCCUCGCGCAAGCCACCAUCGGUGCCUCUGCCCUCGCCGCAGCACAGUACUACGCCCUCCGCAACAACUUACACAAGGUCCCCGACGUCACCGUGCCGCUGGACCACGCCCGGCUCGAGUUCCAUUCGCAGCAGUACCAGUCGCUGGACACCUGGGCCCAGAAUCCGCCCGACGUCGGCAUCAACAAGGUCGGCGGGCUGCACAGGACGUCCGAUGGAUACGUGCGCAUCCACGAUUUGUUCCCAAACCACGUCGCGGGCACAAUGGAGAUUCUCGGCUUGCCGCGGGACGCCACCAAACAGCAGGUCGCGGACAAGACUAUCCACUGGGACGCUGUUGAUCUAGAGACAAAGGGCACCGAGGAGGGAAAAGUCGCCAUUUACGCGCAGCGGACAUGUGCUGAGUGGGAUGCGCUCCCGCAGUCGACCGCCGUUGCCACCGCGCCGAUCCUCCUCCGGCAGCUGCACCCAGGACCUACAAAGGUGCUUCCCCCCACCGGCACGCAAAACAAAGCUCUCUCCGGCCUCAAGGUCGUCGAGCUCACCCGCGUCAUCGCCGGCCCCGUCGCGGGCCGCACGCUGGCCGCCCACGGCGCCGACGUCCUGUGGGUGACGUCGCCCAGCCUCCCCGCCGUGCCCUUUCUCGACAGCGACAUGAGCCGCGGCAAGCGGACCAUCCAGCUGGACAUUCGCAGCGCCGCCGACAAGGCGACCCUGCUGGACCUGCUCCGCACCGCCGACGUCUUUCUCCAGGGCUACCGUCCCGAGAGCCUCGCGGCACACGGCCUGUCCCCCGCGGAUCUCACCGACAUCAACCCCAGCCUCGUCGUCGCCAAUCUCUCCGCCUUUGGCCCCGGCAGUCCGUGGUCGCGGCGCCGCGGCUUCGACUCCCUCGUGCAGACGGCCAGCGGCAUGACCGUGUCCGAGGCCGAACACGCAGACGAGGGCGAAUCCGCGCGCGUGACGCCCGUGCAGGCGCUCGACCACGGCAGCGGGUAUCUCCUCGCGACGGGCAUCAUGGCCGCGCUGCACAGGCGCGCGACAGAGGGCGGCUCCUGGCGGGUCGACGUCUCCCUCGCCGGGACGAUGAAGUACCUGCGCAGUCUCGGUCAGUAUCCCGGCCGACAAGGGUUCGAUGGCGUGGAGCCGCUGCCGGCGAGCAUUAAGGAGGUGCCAGGGGGAUUUGUCGACGUCAAGCAGAGCGCUGUCUUUGGAAAGGCCAUGGCGCUCAAGCACAGCGCUAGAAUUAACGGUGUCGAGGUCGGCUACGACGAUGCCCCCAAGCCGCUCGGCAGCGACGAGCCAAAGUGGAAAGACGCUUAA